AUGGCGAUGAUAUUGGAUGCCUUCGUCUCCAUUUUUUUUGAACUACUGGUCGAGUCGGCGAAGAAAGAGGUUGACAUGCUCUUAGGUGUGCCUGGCGAGAUCAAAAAGCUCCAGAACAAGCUCCGUAAGAUCAGCAAUGUCCUUGCCGAUGCCGAGAGGAAGAGGAUCAAUGAUAAGAACGUGGAUGACUGGCUCAAGGAGCUCAAGGAUUUCAUGUACGAUGCUGAUGAUAUCCUCGACCUCUAUCGCAUCGAGGCCGACAAGUGUAGUGAAGCUUCUUCCUCCACUUCUUCGGUAUGCUUCCCCUUUCCCCUUCUGUCUUGCAUCAGAAAGCCUCUGGUUGCUCAUGAGAUUGGCACGAAAAUUAGAGAUCUCAAUCUGAAGCUUGAGAACAUCUCGAGGUUGAGAUCCGAUCUCAAUCUUGAGCUCACUUCCCAUGACAAGCAGCAAGUGACAUCUCCAAGUAGUCGCAUGACAUCUUCUGUAGGCGAUAUUGAUAUUGUAGGAUCUAAAAUUGAAGAGCACACUCAGAGCUUGGUUGAUUCGCUAAUUAAGGAUGACGGACGGAGAAACAUUCUUGUUUUUGCAAUUGUGGGUGCAGGUGGAAUUGGCAAGACCACACUUGCUCAAAGGAUAUAUAAUGACCAGAGGAUUCAGGAGGAGUUCUCAGUGAAGAAGUGGGUGUGUGUAUCGCAAGAGUUUGAUGACAUAAAUUUGCUGAAAGAUAUCUCCGGUGAGGCCCAAGAGCAAAGUAGGUCCUCGCUUGAGCCCAAAGUCGAGAGCAGUCUUGGGGGUAAGAAGGUGUUUCUUGUUCUUGAUGACAUUUGGACUGCAAAGGUUUGGUGUGACUUGUUAUGUAACACGUUAAAAAGUUGUGCUGCUGGCAGUAGGAUCCUUGUCACUACAAGAAAUGAACAGAUCACAAAGCAGAUGAUGGCAGUGCACACCCAUCACGUCCACAAACUGUCUUCAGAGGAUAGUUGGUCAUUGCUCUGCAAGAAGGUGGUCUUGACAGGAGAGGAGGGAGAGAUCCAGCAUCUCAAGGACAUAGGGAUGAAGAUUGUUGAGAAAUGUGAUGGCCUACCUCUAGCCAUCAAAAUGGUUGCAGGGGUGCUAUGCACGAAGGAGAAGACCAGGAGAGCUUGGAAUGGAGUUUUUGAAAGCACUGCAUGGUCCACAUCCGGGCUUCCUGAGGAGAUUAAGGGAGCAUUAUACCAAGAUCUACCCAGCUGUCUAAAGCAAUGUUUUAUAUACUGCUCAUUGUUUCCUGAAGACUAUAGAAUCCUUAAGAAGGAUAUUACUGCACUUUGGAUUGCUGAGGGAUUUGUGAAAGCUGAGGGAGUUCGACUAUGGAAGAGACAGCAGAAGAGUACUGCAGAGAGCUGA